UAUCAUUCUUUUAGUUUCAUUCCAACUAUUAGGUGAAGCAAGGUGAUUUUUACACCUGUAUACCAUCUAAUUUCCUUGCUUGCAUUUUUUUUUUGUAAUAUUCACUGUUCUCAAGUACGUUAGCUAUCUCAAUCAAUUUAUCAAAAUUAUCAAUUCUGUGACGCAAUGACAGCAACAAUUUCAACAAUAACUAUUGUAGUUAUUAUUGGAACUGCAUCUUUAUUAGUUGGUUUAGCACUUGCUCUAGGUUUAGGUAUCGGACGUACACCGGGAAUCAAUAGUAACUUAACACUAUAUACAACAACAUUAAGUACAACUACAACAACAACAUCGACUACAACUACAACAACAUUGAGUACCACUACAAUAAGCAUAGUUGUGCGAACUGUCCCAUCAGAAUUAAGCGAUUUGUCGUGUAAUUCAACUGUUGGUUGUGGGUGUCAAACUCAACAGCCUGUAUUUGAAAAUUUUACAUCAGCAUCUCGUCGAAGAAAAAGAGUUGUUGGUGGCACAUCGAUUUUAUUACGAUUCACAUGGCCAUGGAUGAUGCUGAUCGGCACCUCAGCCGCAUGGAAGUGUACAGGUGUCCUAAUAGGUUCCUCAACUGUUCUUACAACGGCUAGCUGUCUAUACCAAAACCAACUUGUUUCAUCAACGAAUGUCAUCGUGGAGUAUGGUAAAACGAAUGCGACUACGUAUGGUACAACAACAACACGAAUUGCAGUUGAGGAUAUUGUGUUUCAUCCAAAUUUCACCACCACCACAACAGACGACCUUAAAUUAAAUGAUAUUGCUAUACUAACUUUAGCAUCUGAUGUACCCAGCACCUAUCCAUAUAUAUGUUUAUCCUCAACGACGAUAACAUCCACAGAACCAGCUGUUCUUACUGGGUAUGGCUCAUCCGACAGUUUAGACACAGAUAGUGGACAACUGAGACAGACGAUACUUCAAACCGAUCCAGCCUGUUCGUUAGCUAGUACAUAUGAUGAUAUUGAUUUAGGCGCGAUGUUAUGUGCCGGAUAUUCGGAUGGACUUCAGGAUGCCUGUACUAGUGACAACGGUGCUCCAUUGAUGAUGUACGAUUCAACAUCUGAAAUCUGGAACCUAAUUGGACUAGUAUCUACACCUGCGUGUGGUGGCAGUCCUUCGACAAUUUAUACAAGAAUAUCAAGCUACACGGAUUGGAUAGCUGACGAAACAGCUGUGCCGACUACAACAACAUCGACUACAACUACCACUACAAUAAGCAUACUUGUGCGAACUGUCCCAUCAGAAUUAAGAGAUUUAUCGUGUGAUUCAACUGUUGGUUGUGGAUGUCAAACCCAACAACCGGUAUUUGCAAAUUUUACAUCAGCAGCAAGUCGUCGAAGAAAAAGAGUUGUUGGCGGUACAUCGGUUUUGACACGAUUGACAUGGCCAUGGAUGAUGCUGAUCGGCACCUCAGCCGCAUGGAAGUGUACAGGUGUCCUGACAGGUUCCUCAACUGUUCUUACAACGGCUAGCUGUCUAUACCAAAACCAACUUGUUUCAUCAACAAACACCAUCGUGGAAUAUGGUAAAACGGACGCGACUACGUAUGGUACAACAACAACACGAAUUGCAGUUGAGGAUAUUGUGUUUCAUCCAAAUUUCACCACCACCACAACAGAUGACCUUAAAUUAAAUGAUAUUGCUAUACUAACUUUAGCAUCUGAUGUACUCAGCACAUAUCCAUAUAUAUGUUUACCCUCAACGGCAGUAACAACCAAAGAAUCAGCUGUUCUUACUGGGUAUGGCUCAUCCAACACAUCAGACAUAGAUAGGGGACAACUGAGACAGACGAUACUUCAAACCGAUCCAGCCUGUUCGUUAGCUGGUACAUAUGAUGAUGUUGAUCUAGGCGCGAUGUUAUGUGCGGGAUAUUCGGAUGGACUUCAGGAUGCCUGUAGUGGCGACGAAGGUGCUCCCUUGAUGAUGUACGAUUCAACAUCUGAAAUCUGGAACCUAAUUGGACUAGUAUCUACACCUGCGUGUGGUGGCAGUCCUUCGACAAUUUAUACAAGAAUAUCAAGCUACACGGAUUGGAUAGCUGACGAAACAGCUGUAUCGACAACAACAACAACAACAACAACGACAACAACGACAACGACAACAACAACAACCACAGCAAAUGUCUGCCUCGAUAGCAAUGCUUUAGUAAUAGGCCUGAAUACACUCAAUCUAACAGCUCCUCAAGGUUACACAUUUUAUUCCUAUGUGUAUACUGCAGCGGCUGGAGGUACAUUAGGAUCAUUAAUUUUCAGCUUAAGAAACGAUCCGGCCUUCUGGUUUUUGGAUGAUGUUUCAGUAAAAUCAGUUUCGACUUCAGCAGAACUGUUAACAAAUGGUGGUUUCGAAUCAGGUUCAUUGACCCCCUGGAUAUAUUGCAAUCGUGUAACUGGCUCAACCACUAGCCAAGUCGCAACGGGUAAUCAACAUACUGGUACAUACUAUUACAAGGGUGGUUCAACUAGUACUUACGAUUAUCUCUCUCAAAAAGUGACAAUGAUCAGUGGUAGUCAGUAUAACAUUAGCUUUUGGUUGUCAUCUGGUUCUGGUGCUGCUGUAUACACGAGUGGAACUGUACUAGCACAAGUGACAUUACAAUUUUGA